AUGCCAUGGGGCUGCGAGCCAUGGGCCGCGGGGAGGGGAAACUACCAGACGGAGUAUGGGAGUCAUCCCACCGAGAGACGACGUUACGCGCAACAUGCCUUGCACGUGCUGACGCGCAAUCCCGCGUCUCUCCAGGCGCAGGUGACGGUGUUGGAGGGUCGAUGUCGUCACUGCCAACGCGGCCAGCGGCAAACCUUGGUAUGUGGCCCAGUGCACAUAGACUUGAGGGAACCUGCUUCCCCCGGCUUGGUGGUGAAGGCCUUGGGCGACAUCACGGUGGACGUCCUGGCGCAAGCCAAGCGCAUGGAACUGGCCAUGACGGGGCAGAACUUCCUCACCACCGUGUGCCAGGUCUUGCCGGAUGGUGCUGAAAUACUCCCUCCUUCUGGCGCCAAGGAGGCGGUCUUCGAGACGCCCUUCGCAUCCCUGGACGCGCCCGUGAAUCUCAAGGAGGAACUACACACAUGGCUGCGUAAAGAGGUGGAGGACGAAUUGGAAUCCCUGCUGCUUCGCUAUGUUUGCUGCGCCACCAUGAUCUUAAUGCUCCUCUGUUGCGAGUGCUUCUAUCUCUUCACGGUCCCAUGGAUGCCACAGGACGAGACUGGAGGGGAAGAGUCGGAAGACGUUCAAAGCCAGAUGGCCCUGGCCCUGGCAAACUUGACCUCGGUCAGCAGCUUGGAGUUGCAAAUGACCAACAGCACCUGGAUGUUGAGCGCCUUGACUUUGGCCGUGCACAAGGCCUUGGGUCCUCCGGAAUCGCCGGACGGAACGGCGGCAUCGGAGUCUGCAGAGUCCGACGGAAGACAUGGCGGCUCCGGUGGAUUUCUUUGGUCCGUCGUGGUUCAUCCUCUGUGGGUCUUCACGUUGUGUUUGCUGAGACCAUUGAGCGGCCUGGAAUCGCUGGUGCUGCUGCCAAGGUCCAUGAUUUUAGCUUUUCUGACAUCGGUGCGCGAAUUGGUCCUGCGUCCCGGCGCAUUCUUACUAGGCAUCCUCUUCAGCAUGCUGCUCUUCUUGUUGCAGUCACUCUUUUCACCGCCGACCUUAUUUGCCUCCGCGGGCUCGGCCAAUCCCAUCCUGGGCGCAGCCUUCAUCGUGAUUUCCCUGGCAGCGAUCACCUCGCCCGUGCCUUUGACCCUGCUGGCACAUGAUCUAUGUGCAUUGGUCGCCAGCUUGGACCUUGUGAGGAGACUGCGGCGGGCUGCGGGGCACAAGGCGCUGGGUCGCCUUCUGGAUCGGCUGCAUCUGAGCCCCUUAGGCUCUGCGUCUCGGGGAAGCAAAGGACAGCGAAGCAAGAAGGACUAUAAACCUCCCCGAAGCGAGUCCGGACGUGGCGACAAACUGCAGGGCAAAGACGAGAAGGGCGGCGUGCCCUUCGUCCCCUCCUGCUUCGUGUGUUUGGACAAACCUUCCAGAUACAUUUUGGAGCCUUGUGGACAUCGUGUCGUUUGCGGAGACUGCGCAGUGCAACUGGUGGAUGCAGCAGCCCGCAGCCGGCCCACAGAGGAACGGGGCGGCGAUCGCGGAGGCAACUGCCCUUCUUGUGGCCAGUCAGUGAAUCGCGCCAUGAGAAUCUUCAUCUAG